AUGGGACUCGCAACCGAAAUGAGCAGGGGCCGGAGAGCGUUCCAAAAGCUUGCUGGCGAGGAAUGUGUGUGUGUGUGUGUGUGUGUGUGUGUGUGUGUGUGUGUGUGUGUGUGUGUGUGUGUGUGUGUGUGUGUGUGUGUGUGUGUGUGUGUGUGUGUGUGUGUGUGUGUGUGUGUGUGUGUGACUGGCGGGAUGGACGGAUAUGGCGGCGCAAAUGGUGUUGGGGCACGCACUGUAACACACGGGACAAUGGGGUUUGAAAAUGUGGAAAACACCACCACCAUCACGACCAGCAGCAACAAGAGGCCUUUUGACGCAAACUGA